AUGGACUGCGAGGCGGUCUGCGACCGCAAGCGCCGGCGCACACCUGCUGCCGUGGAAGAGGGGGAGAAGCGCACGGAAGACCCAGACCGAAAGCCCACCAGCCCGAGUGAAGGAACUAAACACCUGCUGCUGCUGCUGCUGCUGCUGCUGCUGCUGCUGCGGGAAGGCAGCUAA